UCGGCUCGGGGCGGAAGUUCGUCACGUCGCAGUGGUCCCGGCACAGCGGAUGUGUGUCGCCGCUUCGGUGACGCCGGGAAGCGCUUGCACCCUCCGCCGCUGCCUUUUGGGUUAAGCACUAUGGAGGGAGAGAGGAAGAGCAACAACAAGCGGUGGUAUUUUACUCGAGAACAGCUGGAAAACAGCCCGUCCCGUCGUUUUGGCAUGGACCCAGAUAAAGAACUUUCCAAUCGCCAGCAGGCGGCCAAUCUCCUCCAGGAAAUGGGGCAGCGUCUCAAUGUUUCACAAUUGACUAUCAACACUGCUAUAGUAUACAUGCAUCGAUUCUACAUGAUUCAGUCUUUUACACAGUUUCAUCGAAAUACUGUGGCACCAGCAGCUUUGUUUCUGGCAGCUAAGGUAGAGGAACAGCCCAAAAAAUUAGAACACGUCAUCAAGGUAGCACAUACUUGUCUCCAUCCACAAGACUCACUUCCUGACAUUAGGAGUGAGGCUUACCUACAACAAGUUCAAGAUUUGGUGAUCUUAGAGAGCAUAAUUUUGCAGACUUUAGGGUUUGAAUUAACAAUUGAUCAUCCACAUACACACGUUGUAAAAUGCACCCAACUUGUUCGAGCAAGCAAGGAUUUAGCACAGACGUCUUACUUCAUGGCCACCAACAGCCUGCAUUUGACCACAUUUAGCCUGCAGUACACACCUCCUGUGGUGGCCUGUGUCUGCAUCCAUCUGGCUUGCAAGUGGUCCAACUGGGAGAUCCCAGUCUCAACUGACGGGAAGCACUGGUGGGAGUAUGUUGACGCCACUGUGACCUUGGAACUUUUAGAUGAAUUGACACAUGAAUUUCUACAAAUUCUGGAGAAAACUCCCAGCAGGCUCAAACGCAUUAGGAAUUGGAGGGCAUGCCAGGCUGCCGGGAAGUCAAAACCAGAUGACCGGGGAACAGAUGAAAACACUUCAGAACAGACAAUUCUCAAUAUGAUUUCCCAAAGCUCUUCAGACACAACUAUUGCAGGUUUAAUGAGUAUGUCAACUUCUUCCACCACAAGUGCAGUGCCUUCCCAUCCAGUCCCUAAAGAGUCAUCAAGUAACUUAACCAGUGUGGAAAUGCUGCAAGGCGAGCGUUGGCUGUCCUCCCAACCUCCUUUUAAACUGGAACCUGCUCAGAGUCAUCGGACUAGUGAGAAUAUAGCACUUACAGGAGCUGAUCAUUCCUCACAUCACGAUGGUUCAAGUGCAUUUGGUUCCCAGAAGCAGACUAGUAAGAGUGCACCAUCAGCUAAAGUUUCCCUUAAAGAAUACCGUGCAAAGCAUGCAGAGGAGUUGGCUGCCCAGAAGAGGCAACUGGAGAACAUGGAAGCCAAUGUGAAAUCACAGUAUGCAUAUGCAGCUCAGAAUCUCUUAUCACACCAUGACAGCCAUUCUUCAGUCAUUCUGAAAAUGCCUCUAGAGAGCUCAGAAAACCCUGAAAGACCUUUUCUGGAAAAGAGUGACAAAUCAUCUCACAAGAUGAGACUCCCAAUGGCUGGUGGAGAUAAAGUUACCUCUUCAAAAUCGGAUGAGAUAAAAAUGCGCAUUAAAGUCCAUGCUGGGGCAGAUAAGCACAAUUUUGUAGAGGACAGCAUCUCAAAGAACCGUGAGCACAAAGAAAAGCACAAGACUCACCUGUCCAAUCACCACCACCACCAUAAUCACCAUUCACACAAGCACUCUCACUCACAGCUGCCAGUUGGUACAGUGAACAAACGUCCAGGAGAGUCAAAACAUGGCAGCCAGACAAGCUCCUUAGCACACAAAACCUACAGCUUGUCUAAUUCCCUGACCUCUUCGAGCUCUACGCGUAAAAGGGGUCCCCCUGAAGAGACUGGAGGGACAGUAUUUGAUCAUCCAGCUAAAAUUGCCAAGAGUACUAAGUCUUCUUCCUUAAAUUUCCCCUUCCCUCCUCUUCCUCCAAUGGCCCAGUUGCCAGGGCAUAGCUCAGACACAAGUGGCCUUCCUUUUUCACAGCCCAGCUGUAAACCUCGAGUUCCUCAUAUGAAACUGGAUAAAGGCCCUGCUGGGGCCAAUGGUCACAAUACAACCCAGUCAAUAGAUUAUCAGGAUACUGUGAAUAUGCUUCAUUCUCUGCUCAGUGCCCAAGGUGUUCAGCCCACUCAGCCCCCUGCAUUUGAAUUUGUCCAUUCUUACGGUGAAUAUAUGAAUCCACGAGCUAGUGGGAUCUCCAGAUCUGGUAAUACAGAUAAACCUCGGCCCCCACCUCUGCCGUCAGAACCCCCUCCACCACUUCCACCUCUUCCUAAGUGAAAAAGAAAGGAGGAAAAAAUUCAAAACACAGUGGCUUUUUUUUUUUU